AUGUCUGCCAUGAGCCAGGAUGUGGAGCAGGUGUCAUCAGUUCAUCCCAGAACAGAAGUGAUUUUGCCAUCACCAUGGGAACAGUGUGUUGUGGGCCACUGGGGGGAAGUGGGAGUCCCAGACCAGAGUGGGAAAGUUGUUUGCAAGGAAUCUUUUGGUGCCAUCAGCGGUCUUCCUUACUGGCUGCUCCCGCGCCACAUUUGUGGAAACUUGUCACCUCCUCAGCCUGGUGUCCAUGUAGUGGCGACAGUUCACCAACACACAGCGUCUCUACAUUGUGCCAGAGGUUAACCACAUGUUGACCCAGCACACGGAGGCCUUUCUGGCUUCAAUUGGUGACAGUCCACUGAUUGUAUACGGAGACGCACGCUGUGAUUCGCCAGGCCACUGUGCCUCCUUUGGCUCUUACACCAUCCUGGACUCUGCUUCCCACCUGAUCCUCGCACCAGGAGACUGUGCAUGUGACCGAUGUGAAGAACAGCUACUGGUUGGAGACGGAGGGAUUAGAGAGAUGAAGUAAGCUAUAACCUAUUUUAUUAUUUGUUGAAGGCAAUUCAUAUUGUUAUGCAAUGUGUAGGUUACAUUAGAACACUUUAGUAGCAAGACAUCGUUAUUAUCACCCUAACAGGCCCAUGGAUGCAUUGUUGAAACCUUGGCCACUGACCAAGUGUCAGGGUGCUCUUGAGGGACUCCUAUCCUCAUCUGGCAUGAGUACAACCUGUGUCACAUUGCCAAAGGUGUGAGGAAACAGCUGUUGGCCAUUGGGAAGCCAGAG